GCCGAACUCCAUUUUCUCAAUCGACGUUUUGACGACUUGGAUCUUUCGGCUCCAAUUUAUAGACUCCCGACAAGCUCAUUUCGCAUUUGUAGACUAAGCUCCCUCACGCAGCUUCGUGUACCCGCGACCUCUGUCUUCCUCAACCACUUAAGCAAGCAACAACAUGCGUGAGGUCAUCUCGAUCCAUCUCGGCCAAGGCGGUAUCCAGACCGGCAAUGCGUGCUGGGAACUCUACUGCCUCGAGCACGGGAUCCAGCCCGACGGCCAAAUGCCAUCGGACAAGACCAUUGGCGGCGGCGACGACGCCUUCAACACGUUCUUCAGCGAGACCGGCGCCGGCAAGCACGUGCCCCGCGCCGUGCUCGUGGACCUCGAGCCGUCCGUCUGCGACGAAGUGCGCACGGGCACGUACCGUCAGCUGUACCACCCGGAGCAGAUCAUCUCGGGCAAGGAGGACGCGGCAAACAACUAUGCCCGCGGACACUACACGAUCGGCAAGGAAAUCGUCGACUUGGUGCUUGAUCGCAUCCGCAAGCUCGCCGACAACUGCACGGGUCUCCAAGGGUUCCUCGUUUUCAACGCCGUUGGCGGCGGUACCGGGUCCGGCCUCGGCGCACUCCUCCUCGAGCGUCUCUCGGUCGACUAUGGCCGCAAGUCGAAGCUCGGGUUCACGAUCUAUCCGUCGCCGCAGGUGUCGACGGCCGUCGUCGAGCCGUACAACUCGGUGCUCUCGACGCACUCGCUGCUCGAACACACGGACGUGGCCGUGAUGCUCGACAACGAAGCCAUCUACGACAUUUGCCGUCGGUCGCUGGACAUUGAGCGUCCCACGUACACCAAUUUGAACCGCCUCAUUGCGCAGGUCAUCUCGUCGCUCACGGCGUCGCUGCGCUUUGACGGUGCGCUGAACGUCGACGUGACCGAGUUCCAGACCAACCUCGUGCCGUACCCGCGCAUCCACUUUAUGUUGUCGUCGUACGCGCCGGUCAUUUCGGCCGAGAAGGCGUACCACGAACAGCUCUCGGUGGCCGAGAUCACCAACUCGGCGUUCGAGCCGGCACCACCGAGUUGCGUUAUCCGGAUGAUACGUCGUAUCCGGAUGUCAUAG